UCUUACCCACAAGCUCCUUCUAUAAAUUCAGAAACCAACUGCACCCCCCACAUUCAUCAUAACUCGAUCUAACUUUAGUUAUUGAGAGACAAACCAAUUACAGAAGCUUAAUCCUUAGAGAAAUUAAGAGAGAUGGAAGGUGCUUAUUAUAUCCGUUGCCAUAUUCUCAUCGUUUUUCUUAUUUUAGUUGCCUUCACUUCUUCUUCAUUCAUGAAGUCAUCAGUUUCAGCAGCAAGACCAGCCGCCGGAGAUACAAAUACAGAGUUUAUAAGAACAUCAUGCAAGUCAACAACUUAUCCAAACCUCUGUUUCAGCUCAUUGUCAAGCCGUUCAGCUGCUAUUGGAGUUUCCCCUCAACUUCUUGCCCAUGAAUCCCUCACCGUCAGUCUCGAAACUGCCCAAUCAACAUCUGCUAUGAUGCUAAAGCUAGCACACGUCCAAGGAUUGACCCCUAGAGAGGUUGGUGCCAUGCAUGACUGUGUGGAGGAACUAAGUGACACAGUCGAUGAAUUGAGAAAGUCCUUGGGGGAAAUGAAGCAGCUAAGGGGCAAAGAUUUUGACCUUAAAAUGAAUGAUAUUCAAACUUGGGUCAGUGCUGCCUUGACUGAUGAGGAUACAUGCACUGAGGGGUUUGCCGGAAAAGUCAUGAACGGGAAAGUUAAAACUGUUGUAAGGGGAAAGAUUUUGGAAGUUGCACACUUGACAAGUAAUGCUUUGGCUUUGGUCAACAGCGUUGCCGCUCUUCACAGCUAAAGUUACAUGUCAACUAUAUAUAGUGCUACUCUUAUUUUACAAUUAGUGUACUUAAUUCCAGCUUAAUUAGUUGAUUCCUGUAAUACCAAAGACAUAUGCUUUAGAUGAAUUUUUUACAUGAGUGAGGGAGCUAUCAAUCAAAAAUGUGCGCUAAAAGUUAAAAAGUGCCAACAUCAAUGAUUAGGUUUGCACAGUCCUAAUGAGUGAAAGAGAGUAGAGGCUAUUAUAUUAAUUCUCCUUCUGUCACAAUUCACAUGUCAAAAAAACAUAUGUUUAUGGGAUUCAACUAAUAGA